AUGCGCUCCGAGAACCUCUGUAAAAAGGAAAGUAUACUCAAAUGUUUGAAAGAAGGAAAAGAUAUAAAGAAAUUGCGUCAUUUCUCAAUCAGCCGAUACGGACUGGUAGAUGAUGAUAUACGGAAGGUCGUCUGGCCAAUGUUAGUUGAGGGAUACUGUGAACUUACAAAUAUAGAUCCUGAGGCAAUAAGAAGUCAUCCAAGUUAUCAUCAAGUUGAACUAGACACGAAUCGGAUGACAAACUUGAUGUCCAAGGAACUGAGUUCUGAAGAAGUUGAAAGUAGGAAAAGAAUUGUAACCCGUCUUGUGAUAUCUGUACUAACGGAUAACCCCUCUUUACACUAUUAUCAGGGCUUCCAUGAUAUUUGUUACAUAUUUUUUUCUGUCCUGGGUGAAGAGGAGUCUCGUGUACUGCUGAAUAAAUUGGUCCCAACUCAUUUCAGUUUGUUUAUGCAAAAGUCUAUGGACGUUACCCUGGAAUAUAUGCAGUUAAUAUUCGCCUUGCUGGAAUGCGUAUCAACUUCUUUAUUAAGCAGUAUUGAAUCUGUUGAACUGGGACCAGAUUUUGCUAUUGCUUGGAUUAUCACCUGGUUUGCACAUGUCCUACCGAAUAUGGAUGAUGUUAGACGUUUGUUUGAUCUGUUUUUAGCUACAGAUCCUAUCAUGUUGGUAUACGUGUCAGUUGCUAUUAUUACCAUUAGCGCUAAGGAAGUUGAGUCAACUCCAUUAGAUUUUGCUCUCCUCUACCAGACACUUGCACGCCUACCUAAAAUGCAUCCAGUUGAAGAACUUAUUCAUGAGGCAUUAAAGAUUUAUAUUGAUUUGAGUCCAGCUGAACUGCAAAAACUGGGCAAUAAACGGAUCAUUAAAUAUCGUGAACAAAGAACCUUGAUCAGACCACCAAUUCACCAGUCUUUAAAAAAGUCUACAACUGAACAAUUGUUGUGUAGAUUGAUGCAACAUCGGAUAACUGUUUUCUCUUUCAGUUUUGUUGUGAUUAUUAUCAGUUAUAUACUGUCUAAAAGUGUAAAUGAAUAG